UAAAUUGAUAAAAUUGAUAAUAAUGUGCCUGAAUCAACAACAACAACAAUCAUCAACAUCAACAACAACAACAACAAAAUUAUUUGAAUUAUUAUCACAAAUCUUUUCAACAUCGAAUAGAUUUGCAUUUGUCAAUUGUAAUGAACAGUUACGGAAAAUGUAUUUGCCUUUACAAAAUCAACUAGAUUCAUUUACAAUGAUAACAAAUGAACAACAACAACAACAUUUAAAGAAUUCAUUAUUAAUCAUAUUGAUUGAAUAUUUUGGCCAUUUGAAUGGUUUCGAAUGUUUAUUAUCAUUAUUCGUUGUUAAUCGUUGUGAUAAUUCAUCAUUGUCAUCAUAUCUGAUCUAUAUCUAUCUACAACCGUUUGAAAAUUGUUUAGAUUUUCUAUCCAAUUAUACAUUGGAAUCAUAUUUUUUAAAAAUUUUCGAACGAAUUUUACAUUAUUUUAAUCAAUUAACGGAUGAUGAAUUUAAAAAUGAGCUUAAAACAUCCACGGAAACAAAGAUUAAUGCAAAUAAUAAUGCUGAUUUGUUUGGAUCAAUUUUGAAAAAAUGUAAAAAUUUUCUUGAAAAAUUAUCGUCAACAACACCAGUAUCAACAACGAUGAUGAUAAAAUCAUUUGAUUAUUUACGGCUAAAAUUUACCCUUCGAACAUUGCAAUUAUCAUCAUUUAGUGGAAAAAUGAAUUCAUUAAAUGAAUUGAACAAAAUUAUUUCCAAUUAUAUUUUGGAUGAUGAUAAUAAUAAUAAUAAUUAUUCAAAGAUGAAUCCAUCAACUACGAAUGAAACAUUAGCAUUAACAUCAAAUGAAUUGGCCAAAUGGUUAUGUGAUAAUAAUGUUGUCGAUAUUGUACUGAAUGAUUGCCUUCAUCAUACACAAUAUGUUGAAAAAUUGGAUCAAAUAUUUCGAUUUUUAUUGAAAGAAAAUCAACUAACAUUGGAUUAUUUGGAUCAUAUUUGGAAUUCACAGCUAGGCAAACAUGAAAUUAUCGUUAAAAAUAUACAUGAAUUAAUUGCUAAACUGGCAUGGCAUUUUUCCCCCAAACAAUUGGAUCAUUUAUUCAGUCUAUUUCAAUCAAGCUGGUCGAUUGUAGUGAAAAAAGAACGUGAAAAAUUAUUACAAUUAAUGCGACGAUUAGCUGAAGAUGAUAAAUAUGGUUCAAUGGCAAAUAAAAUGUUAAUAUUAUUAUGGAAUAUUGCAUAUAAUCAUUCGGAAAUUGAUGUUGAAAUUGUUGAUCAAGCAAUUUGUUCACAUUUAAAAAUACUUGAUUAUAGUAAAACAUUUGAAAAAGAUAGUCAACGUUUUUUGUGGAUUAAACGUUGUAUAAUGGAAAUACAGAAUUCUGAUUAUGGAAAUAAUGUUUUAACAUCAAUGAAACAUAUCAAAGAAAUUCUAUUGCUUUUUCCGGAAAAUAAUUCCAAACAAUAUCUGUAUCAAAAUCAAAAUGAUAAUUGUGACCAAAAUCAACAACAACAACGUUUCAAACGUGAAACACGACAAUUCAUCAUUAACCAAAUGAAUUUGGAAUUGAAUUUUUUAAAAAUGUUGAUAAAAAAUUUAUCAAAUUAUAUGAAAUGGAAGAAAUCAACAUCGACGAUCGACAAUGGUAAUGAUGAUGAUGAUGAUCCAAAUCAAAUAUUGAUCGGUAGAAGAUUUUCACAUUGUCAAGAAAUUUAUGAACGUUUAGGAUUUUUACGUUUUAUUAUUCAACAAAGUAAAUGUUUUCUACCGAUAGAAUUGGCACAAGAAUUGUGGAAUUGUUUAGCUAUUGAUGCUAGUUUUGCAUGUGAUCGUCAAUUUUGUUUUCAAUGGUUUUCAUCAUUAAUGGAUCUGUAUUUUUAUCCAACAAAUCAAAACGAUGAUGAUGGUAACGGUGAUGGAGAUAAUGUCAAUAAUGAAGAUGAAUAUCUAGAAAAUUUUUUAGAAUUUUUACAAAAAAAUCUGUCCAAAUUUAAUCCCGAAUUAAUCGAUAUUUAUGGUGUUGAAUGUUUUGAAAAAUUUUUCAUUACUAUCAAUUGUCAACAUGAAAAAUUGAUUCAUCUGAAUGAUAAUAGUCAUCAAACAAAUGAUUGUGAUCUAAUCGGUUUGGAUUAUUUAUGGAAACUGAUAUUGUUUAGUCGUGAUCAAUUAGCUGCCAGAAAAGCAAUCGAAUUGAUUGAAUAUUUUUUCACCAAUCUUGGACCAAAAUUAAUUGAAUCUCGGAUGGUGUUGAAUCAAGAUUUCCUUAAUGUUUGUUUUGAUCAAUUGAAAUGUAGUUAUGAUACGGUAACCAUUAUAGCCGGUGAUGAUAAUCAAAAAUUAAAAAUCAAACAAGAAUUAACAAAAAUGCUGCGAAUAUUAUCAGUACUAUGUGAAUUUAUUCGGAAAAGUUAUAAAAAUUUUCGAAUAAAACGUACAAAAUUAUCAUUAUCAGAAUUGAUACGUGGAAAAUCGGUGGAAUUAAUUGUAAAAAUUUCCAUUCAAACUUUUAAUAAUAAUUUGGAUGAAUUAGUAUUGCAAACACAUACAAAUGAAUCAAUAACGGUGAUAAGAGAUAAAAUUUUAGAAAAAUGCAAUAUGAAUAAUGAUUCGAAUAUCAAGGUUAAAAUAGCUGAACCAUUUGAAAAAGAAGAUAUAUCGGAAUUGAAAAAAGUUUCCGAUCUAACAAUGGAAAAACGAUUUUGUUUAUCGGUAAAAGUAUCACAAGAACCAAACACUAUUGAUUGGCGAUCAGAUUUGGAAUUUUCUAAUCAAUCAUUUCAAAAAUUUUAUAAACCAGAUAUGGUUGAUGAAAAAAUUGAACAAUCAUUACCCGGUGUGAUUAUGUCGGAAAAUUGUCAUUUUAUAAAUUUCCUAUUCCAAAUAUCGGAUUUAGCAAUGUUAUUGAAAAAUGAUAAUGAUGAUAUAAGAAAAAAAUGUUUAGAAAUUUUACAAUUAAUGCCACCGGAUAAAUUUUUUAGAAAAAUGAUUAUCGAUUCAUUUAUUAAUCAUCAGGAAAAUCCGUUGGAAUCAUCAUCAUCAUUUGAACAGGAAUUACUUUCAUCACCAACCAAAACUAUUUAUCUGUUGGAAAUUAUAUUCACUUUGAUUAUGCCCGUUAAUGAUCAAAUAAUUUAUCAAGAAUCUAUUGAAUUUCAAAAAUCAUUCAUCAAAUCUGGUUAUUGUCUUCGGAUUUUGAGCUUUUUAAAUGAUAAAAAAUUUCUUGAAACAUUGGAUAAUUAUUAUCAAAUACGUGCUUUAUAUCUAAUCCUAAAGAUAAGUAAAUUUACUCUAUUAACAUAUUGUUUUUUAAAAGAAUAUUCCGAAGGAUUAUUAUCGGAUAAAUUACGUGAAAUUUUACGUUAUAAUUGUGAAGAUUAUCUAUUGAAAAAUUUAGCCAAUAUUACGGCAAUAAUUCUUUAUAAAGAAUCUAAUGAUUCAAUUACGAAACAAUUUAUACCUGAAAAUGAACAAAUUUAUGCAUUAAUACGUAUUGCAUGGUUUAUGGCAACUGGUAAUCAACAACAAAUAAAUCAAUUAUUGGAAAUGAUGUUUGAUGUAUGUCAAUUAUCAUUGGAAACAAUAACAUUAAUGUUAUUAUUGGAACCGAAAUAUUCAAAUUUUUUAUCAAAAUCAAUUUGUUUACGAAGAUUUUUUAUCGAUCUUUUAUUGAUUCAACCGAUUGAAACAAUACGUAUAACAAUGGCCGAACAAUUUUCAUUUAUAAUUUUGAUUAAUUUAUCAAUUAAUUCAUCAUCAUCAUCAUCGAUAAAUAUCGGUUCAUUUAUAUUGGAAUUGAUUUUUAAUUAUUUACAAACAUAUUUGCUCGAAUUUUAUCAAACAUCCAGACAAUUUUUUCAAUUUUGUUGUCAAUUAUUAGAGAUUAUUAUCCUUAUUAAUAAAUUCAUUGAAUAUGAAUAUAAUUUAUUAAGCUGUCCGAAGGAAAAUUUCUAUAUCGAUGGCCAUUAUCAGGAAAUUCUACUGGAAGGACAUUUAUCCAUAACAAAAGUAUUGGUAUCAAAAUUUCUUUCAUUGGAAUCCAAAUGUAAAAUUGGUUUAGGUGAUCGAGAUGUAUCAUCCGAACAAUUUGGUUUAGUCAAUCGUUUAUUGGAUCAAUAUUUGUUUACUGCCUCAAAAUCAUUGUGCCUUUUUCGACAAAAUUCUGAUAUUUUUAUUGCUGAUAUUUAUCCAGUUUGUUCGGGGUCACAAUCAAUGAUUGCUGCAUAUGAAUUAUUAGCUGCAUUUUGUGAUGGUUGUCUGGAAAAUUUAGAAUUUAUUUGUCGAAAUUUAGAAUCAUAUCUAAAUACAAUGGUCAUUACAUCAUGGGAUUAUUUUCCAAAUAUAGCUAUGCGGCCAGAAAAUGGUUUUGUUGGUCUAAAAAAUGCUGGUGCUACUUGUUAUAUGAAUUCAGUGUUGCAACAGCUUUUCAUGAUACCCGAAGUUCGUAAUGGAAUAUUAUCUGUGAAAAUUGAUUAUCCUUAUCAUUUUUCAAUCAAUAAUAAUAUGGAAAAUAAUUCGACAAUAACAACAACAACCAAUCAACAAGAAGAAGAACAACAAGUGAAAGCAUAUAAUAUUGAAAUAUUUCAACAAAUACAAAUUAUAUUUGGCCAUUUAUUGUCAAGUCAGGCACAAUAUUAUGUACCGAAAGGAUUUUGGGAACAUUUCAAAUUAUUUGGCGGUAAAAUGCAUCUGAAAGAACAACAAGAUGCAUUAGAAUUUUUUAACGGUUUAUUCGAUAUACUUGAUGAAGCAAUGAAAGCAUUAAAACAACCAUCAAUUAUGACACCGAUAUUUGGUGGUUCAUUUUCUGAUCAAAAAAUCUGUAAAGAUUGUCCGCAUAGAUAUUUUCGUGAAGAACCAUUUACAACAUUAAAUGUUGAUGUUAGAAAUCAUCAUACAUUAAAUGAUUCAUUAGAACAAUAUGUACAUGGUGAUUUGUUGGAAGGUGAUAAUGCAUAUCAUUGUGAAAAAUGUGAUCGUAAAGUUAAUACAGUAAAACGUUUAUGUAUAAAACGUUUACCAAAAAUUUUGGUUAUACAAUUGAAAAGAUUUGGUUAUGAUUUUGAUCGUGAUGUAUCGAUAAAAUUUAAUGAUUAUUUUGAAUUUCCAAGAUUAUUAAAUAUGGAACCAUAUACGGUUAAUGGUUUAGCACGGAAAGAAGGUGAAAUUAUUGAAGAAGAUGAUUUAAAUAAUCAAGAACAAAAUUUAUCAACCGAAUAUGAAUUGAAUGGGAUUGUUGUACAUAGUGGCCAGGCAAGUGGUGGUCAUUAUUAUUCAUAUAUAUUACAUCAAACAGAAUCAUCGAAUGACAAUUGUUUACAGAAAAAAUGGUAUAAAUUUGAUGAUACUGAUGUUAGUGAAUGUAAAUUGGAUCAAGAUGAUGAAAUGCGUAAUCAAUGUUUUGGUGGUGAAUAUAUGUCCGAAUAUUAUGAUCAAUUAAUGAAAAAAUCAUUACAACGUUUACAGAAACGUUGGUGGAAUGCAUUCAUAUUGGUUUAUCGAAAAAUUGAUAAUCAAAAACAACAGCAACCGAAAUCAGUAAUAAAUCCGGCAAAAAUACCUUUGGCAAUAACCAAAAAUGUACAACAUCAAAAUACAUUGUUUAUUCAUCAACGAACAUUAUUUAGUGAAGAAUUUUAUCAUUUUAUCAAAAUAUUAAUCGAUUGUAAUCGAAAAAAUUUAAAUUUUUCCACAAUUCCAACGGAAAAAUUGAAUCGAAUCAUAAUGGAAACAUUAAAUAUGGCUGCAAAAUUUCUAAUACGAUUUGGUUUUAAAGCAAAAAAAUCAUUAAGAUUUAAUGCACAUGAUUGGUAUGAAUCAUUGAUACCAUAUCUGCAACAUAAUUCAUCAAUACGUUCAUGGUUUAUUGCUAAUCAUUUAAUGUUGAAUGCAAAUAAAUUAUUGAAUGAAUUUCUUCUUCAAUGUCCAUCAUUGGAUGUACGUAUUGCAUUUGAAAAAUUGAUUAUAUUUUUAAUACGUUAUUCAAUAUUGGAUCAACAAAAACCACAACAACAAGAAGAUACAACAACCACCAUAACCGAAUCAACAAUAAAUCCAUUUGUCAAUGAAAUAAUGUCGAUAUUAUUAUCAUUUAUACAAAAAGAUUUUGUUGAUUGUUCUCGACAAUCAACACAAUAUUUUCAUCUAAUUUAUUCAUACGCUAUUUUGGGUAUUGAACAACGAAAACAUUUAUUAUUAUUAUCAACACCAUCAUUGUUUAUAACAUUUGUAAAUGAUAGAAAUUUUUCCAUAACAAAAUCAACACAAACAAUUGAUAAUCGUUUAUAUCAGGUGGUUAGUUAUCUUGUACGUAGUUGUGAUCCACGUAUGAUUAUUUGUUCGCAAUUUUCUGAAUCAGAAACCUAUCAACCACUAUCGAAUCCUUUUCAAUAUGAUGAUAAUAAUAUCGAUGUUGUUGUCAAUGUUGUUGAUGGUAAUCAUCAACAACAAGAUAAUGAUCAUUAUAUAAUGGAAAUGCCUAAAGAUUUAUAUGAAAAAUUAUAUCAACAAAAAUCCUAUAUAAAACAUAUACUUAAUGAAGCAAUUUCAUUGAAUGAAAAUUUAUUAUUAUUGAAAUUUUGUUCAUGGGAAAAUCAAUUAUUUUCAUUACAAAUAUUGGAUGAGCUACUUUUACAAUUGAAUAAUUCAUAUACAACAUAUGAAUUGGAACCAUAUUUUUAUCUUUUACGUGAUUUAUUAUUAUUGGAAGAUUCUAUUCAACAUUAUCGUAUACAAGUUGCCAUAUUUGGUGAUCAUUUAGCUGAAAAAUCACAUUCAUAUUAUGAUAAUAACCGAUCAAAAUGUUUACUAUCAAUGUUGACAACAAAACAUUCGUUAAAUUUUGAGAAAAAAGUCUAUCAAUGUUUAGAACUAUUAUCCUACCUAUUGAAACAUUCAACAAAUAUUGUUCGGAUUUUGAAUGAAAAUCCUUUAAAACAACAAUUAUUUCAAGUGAUAAAAAAUAUGAAAACAUUUACAAAUGAAUCAUCAUCAUUGAAAAAUAAUAAUGAUUGUGAUUUUAAUAUGAAAUGGCCAUCAUUAUCAUCAACACCCACAACUUCGACAUCGACAUCAUUACCAUUAAGCAUCGAAACUGUAAAUUUAUUGAACGAAGUUGAAUCAUAUUUUCAACAUCAAGCAUUCGAUGAUGCAGAUGCUGAAUCGAAUGACAAUGUUGAAAAUGUUGUUGAUGAUAAUGAUGAUGAUAAAAAUCCCGAUCAAUCCGAACAACAAACAAAAGAAAAUUUAACGGAUGAAAAUCAAUUAUCCGAUGGAAUUGAACAAAUGGAUAUAUCGUCGUCUGGUUGAUCUCAACAAAAAAAAA